GUCAAAGGCUGAUGCUGAUGCGGAUUGGUUUGUUUCAGCUCCGUGGCUCCACCUCUCCUCCUCCUCCCUCUCCUGCCUCGCCGCUGCUGCGCUUGAUGCAGUGAGCGCGAAGGGUUUGGUGCGCUCUCGGGUUACGCGUCUGAAGUUGUGGACAAGAGGAUAUCGGAGACAUCCAGUCACUUAAGAGAAGGUGGAAACUUCUUGUCGUUUCACUCUUUAAACUGGGGGGAAUACAAUUAAGACCUCGGACGGCGGCUGAGAGAGAAAAAUAAAAGCAAGGAAACGAGUUUGUGGUGUUUAACUGGGAGACCAAGCAUACCCAACAGUAUGCGGUGCAGUUAUGGCAGGCAAGGGUAAGACAGUCGUGAGGACGCUGGAGGAUUUAACGCUUGAUUCUGGUUAUGGUGGAGCCGCGGACUCGGUCAGGUCGUCCAGCGUGUCGCUGUGCUGCUCCGACACGCAUCAGUCCGUCUCGCAUGGGGGCAACUGCUGGCAUCUGACCGAAUCCAUGCACAGCAGACAAAACAGUUUGGACACAGUCAACACCGUCCUGGCGGAGGACACGGAGAUACUGGAGUGCUCGGGUCAGUGCGCCAAGCUGCCCGAGCUGGAGGACGUGCCAUGGAGCCUUGGCGAGGUGGAGGGCGCGCUGAGGAAAGACGAGGAUCUGAUGGUGGGCAACCCGCCACCGGAGGUCUUAGCGCGGCUGUCUGCUCUCAUCAGCCGCGCUCUGGUGAGGGUGGCCCGGGAGGCGCAGCGGCUCAGCCUGCGCUACGCCAAGUGCACCAAGUAUGAGAUCCAGAGCGCCAUCAAGGUGGUGCUCUCAUGGACCAUCUCCGUCAACUGCAUCACGGCGGCUCUCAGCGCCCUGUCCCUCUACAACAUGAGCACCGGGGACAAGUUCAGCCGUGGCAAGUCGGAGCGCUGCGGGCUGGUGUUCUCCGUGGGGAAGUUCUUCAGGUGGAUGGUGGAUAGUCGGGUGGCCCUCAGGAUCCACGAACACGCUGCCAUAUACCUCACCGCCUGCAUGGAGAGCCUGUUCAGAGAGGUGUUCAGCCGCGUCCUGCGCAGCGCGCUGGUGGAGAGGGACAACGGGGUCCCCAAGUUUACGCUGGAGUCACUGGAGCAAGCCCUCAACAACGACUCGGAGGUGUGGGGUCUGCUGCAGCACUACCAGCACCUCAUCUGUGGCAAGAAUUCAAGCGGUGUUCUGAGCCUGCCGGAGAGUUUGAACCUUCACCGGGACCAGCAGCGCUCGGGGAGGGGCAGCGAGUGUCAGGGAUACACCCAGGCCGAGCUCCGCACGCUGGAACAGUCGCUGCUCGCAACGAGGGUGGGCAGCAUCGCAGAACUGAGUGAUUUGGUGUCCCGGGCCAUGCACCACCUCCAGCCACUGCACAUCAAGAACCCCAGCAAUGGCACUCCGGUCCACCAGAAGACCACCAACACCACAGUGCACUGGGAGCCCGAGGCCCUUUACACCCUGUGUUACUUCAUGCACUGCCCACAGAUGGAGUGGGAGAACCCCAAUGUGGAGCCCUCCAAAGUCACCUUACAGACUGAGAGGCCGUUCCUGGUACUGCCUCCGCUGAUGGAGUGGAUCCGGGUGGCGGUCGCCCACACUGAACAUCGACGAAGCUUCUCUGUGGACAGCGACGAUGUGAGGCAGGCCGCCAGGCUGCUGCUCCCCGGUGUGGACUGUGAACCACGACAAAUAAAAGCCGAGGAUUGUUUCUGUGCCACCAGAAAGCUGGACGCAGCCUCGACAGAGGCCAAGUUCCUGCAGGAUCUGGGCUUCAGGAUGCUCAACUGUGGACGGACGGACCUGGUCAAGCAGGCCGUGAACCUUCUGGGACCCGAUGGCAUUAACAGCAUGAGCGAACAGGGAAUGACCCCUCUCAUGUACGCCUGUGUCCGCGGUGAUGAGGCCAUGGUCCAGAUGCUUCUUGACGCCGGAGCCGACAUCAACAGCGAGGUGCCAAGCACAGUAAACAAGCACCCCUCAGUUUAUCCUGAAACUCGCCAGGGGACGCCACUCACUUUCGCCGUGUUACACGGACACGUCCCUGUCGUGCAGCUGCUGCUGGAUAACAGAGCGAAUGUGGAGGGCGCCCUGCAGGAUGGGGCUGAGAACUACACAGAAACCCCGCUUCAGCUGGCCGCCGCUGCAGGUAACUUUGAGUUGGUGAGUUUGCUCUUGGAAAGAGGAGCCGACCCCAUGAUCGGGACAAUGUGUCGAAAUGGCAUCUCGUCAGCUCCGCUGGGAGACAUGAACUCAUACAGCCUGGCGGCGGCACAUGGCCACAGGAAUGUAUUUCGUAAACUUUUGGCCCAGUCAGAGAAGGAAAAGGGGGAUGUGCUGUCCCUGGAGGAGAUCCUGGCCGAGGGUUCGGAUCCAGGCGAGAAGAGGUUGCCGCCACAGGCCAACGGCGGAGGCACCCUGCGAACAGGAAAGGCCAGACUGAGGGCCCUGAGAGAGGCCAUGUACCAUAGCGCAGAGCACGGCCAUGUGGACAUCACCAUAGACAUCCGCAGCUUAGGCGUUCCCUGGACGCUGCACACCUGGCUCGAGUCCCUGCGUACCUGCUUCAUCCAGCACCGCCGGCCGCUGAUCCAGGGACUGCUUAAAGACUUCUGCUGCAUCCAGGAGGACGAGUACACAGAGGAGCUCAUCACGCACGGCCUGCCGCUCAUGUUCCAGAUCCUCCGAGCCAGCAAGAAUGAGGUGAUAAGCCAGCAGCUGUCAGUCAUUUUCACCCAGUGCUACGGGCCCUUCCCCAUCCCUAAGCUGACAGAGAUCAAGAAGAAACAGACCUCGCGCUUAGACCCACACUUUCUCAACAACAAGGAUAUGUCUGAUGUGACUUUCCUGGUGGAGGGGAAACCGUUUUAUGCACAUAAAGUUUUGCUGUUUACAGCUUCACCCAGGUUCAAGUCACUGCUCAUGAACCGACCAGCAGCAGAAAACACUUGUAUUGAGAUCAGCCACGUCAAGUACAACAUUUUCCAUCUGGUCAUGCAGUAUCUGUACUGUGGAGGCACUGAGUCUUUGCACAUACGCAACACUGAAGUUAUGGAGCUCCUCUCUGCAGCCAAAUUCUUCCAACUAGAGGCCCUUCAGAGACACUGUGAGAUCAUCUGCUCCAAGAACAUCACCACGGAAACCUGCGUGGACCUCUAUAAACACGCCAAGUUCCUUGGUGCCUCGGAGCUUACGGCUUUCAUCGAGGGCUAUUUCCUGAAGAACAUGGUGCUGCUGAUUGAACUCGAGGGCUUCAAGCAGCUGCUGUACGAACCAUCUCCCCCAGAGAGCCCCGUCUCCAGCCCUGGCAUGUGCUCCGACAUCCUCCACGACCUGGAGAAAACUCUGGCCAUACGAAUCCGAUCCAUCCACCUCUCCACCUCCAAGGGCUCCGUCGUGUGACGCCGUCCUCUCCCUAGAAGCCCUUCCCGAUCCAGGCACAGCAUCCAUGUAACACCACUUUUAACGCCCUGCUAUACAGCUCCGUCCACGUGUCCUGGCCCUUACUGCUGAGGAGGGGCUGUGGGAUGUUUUUUAAAGUCAGGGAUUCCCUUUAAUUCUGCCUGUCGCAGCCCCCUUGAGAGAUAAUGUUGGCAAACUCAAAGAGAGAGGUUUGAACUCUGUUGUCCUAACAGCUCCCACUGAUCACUUCACACCCUUACAAUAAAAAAAAAGCAAGUAGAAAAACCCAGAACUGACUUGACCCACUUGAGCAGUAUCACUUAAAACCUAACCGUGAUUAUGAAACUUAUUGUAUUUCAUAUAGGAUACAUGCAUGAAAUACAUUCUGUACACCUUUUUCUCGCUUAAAAAGGUAGAGUAGAAUUUUAACUCAAUAAAAGCAGCUUUCUCAUCAUCAUCUCUGAUAUGAGACUUUGGUUUACAAACAUCACUUUAUGGAAGUGGAUGCUAUUGCAGUAUUAAGUUUGACACAUGCCAAAAUAUAAUCCUACUAUACAACCAAUAAAAGUGACUAGUAGCAAUGCCGGGACGGGCUUUAGCUGGACUUAUUUUUCAACUUAUUUACAUUUUAUUCUGUCACUUCUAUGUUGGAUACGUUUCACUGUGUUAUAUCUACUGUGUGCAGAGGCCAAGCUGAUCACACGAACUUCCUCCGUGGCCGACACUGCAGCGCUGAUUAAAAAACUAAAGACGGCCCACUCAGUGAAAUCUAUGCUGACGUAUGCUUGAAACAUGGACGUCCAACUGGGAAAUUAACUCCACGAACACUGUUGACUUUUUUUUGCAUGACACCUACUCAACUGAGCUGCCCUGAUAUUGCUUUUUAUGCAGAGCUUACUUCACGGACCACUUUCUCAAAGGGACGUAAGGGGAAAAACGCUGCUUAUUAACUUUCUACCCACUGCAAAACUGACUGAGCUGGGCUUUGGAGAUGGAUUUUGAUUGGCAGGGACUUUCUCUUUAAAGAUAUUUAAAGCAAAGUGUAAAUACGUCCUUAAAGUCAUCGUGCUGGUCGUUCUUUUUUUUGUAAUCUGAUGUACAGUAUUCUCCUACACUCGCUUGGCUGACGACACCAGUCUCAUUGAAUGUGCCCCCCAAAGUUUGUUCCUGCUGUAUGUGUCUGUUUAUGCAAAGUUGCAUGUUCGAUCUUGUUUGUUUGAAUCCUCCGUUGACGCUUUAGGUGUGCUUUCUGUGUAGACGGGUAGGGCAGAGUAGAGGUGCUUGAUUGUUCCAGUUGAAGUUCAAUCAAAGGGUGAUCCCUUCAAUUGUUUUGCUAUUUCUGAUACAUUCCCAAUGAUCAGGGUAGAUCACGAGACGCAUCUUAAAGUCACUUUUUGUUUUAGGCUCCACCCUCAGCGGAAUUUCUCAAUAACAUCAAUCCUGUGGAAAAAGUUUGAAUUCUCACACUGAGUUCAUGAGACACAACACAGAAAAUUCGGUUUUCAUUUAAUUUCCGUACGUUUUUACAGUUGGUUGACGUGAAAAAAAGUUAUAUAUAGUUAGAGUUAUAAAUAAAAGCAAAAUGUAACAAAGUGGAAGCAGACCCUGUGAAUGAAUCAUGACGUAGAUUAAACAUGUAAUGAAAAAUAAUGGUGGCAGAUCAUCCGAUCUUUGCAGACCAAUAAGGAGACUGCAACAUUCAACCAAAGUCCAACAGUGUGCAUUCCCACAUUUUCGUUACUUUGUGAUGGUAUAAUGACACCUGACUGGAGAAUUAGUGCCACCAAAUGUUGGACUAAACUUGAAUGGAAACAUGGCAGCAUCUCUACAUCUUGGAAAAGCAUGAAACUCCUGGUUGAAUCAUCAGGACACUGUUUUGAUUGAUUAAAACGUUUAAGGUACAAACUUGUAUUGGUAUAAACUUCAAGGUAGGCGUUAGACUUCAACUCCCGAGAUGUAUUCUAGCAAUAAAUAUACAGUUACAGGGCUUAAACAACACAGUUUAUGAUGGAUGGAAGUUUAUGCUGUUGAAAACAAAAUCUGCAGCUUAAACUAAUUAAUUUUAACCCUUUUGGAUUAAUUCAGCAAUUAUCCUGUGAUAGGAACUCUCUACGAACUUUCACCCUCCAUUGGUUUACGAAGCUUUACGAAGAUCCGUGACCGCAAUGUUGUGUCUCUAAUUAACUCAAAGCUUGCAGAAAUUCAGCCUUUUGUUCCACAUGAUUGUGUUUCCCGGCACACCUGCCCAACAGGUGUGCAUUAUAUACAAGUGAUCAAUUCUAAAAGGACCAAACGUUAAACCCGUUCAUCAGCAGAGUAAAAACAAUAUUUAAUAAGUCCAGUUGACUUGACCAUAACCCCUCUAACUCAGACACAAUCAACUUAAUUCAGGAGUAAAUCAAAGGACCUACAGUAUAUUUUAUGAAUGUAACAAUGCAACAAAAGUUAAAUAUUUACAAGAUGUGCAAUGUUGUCCAGCAACAAACCAAAAAAAAAAGACGCUUCCCUCUGUUUCCAACGGCGUACAAUGCAAAUGUCUCGAAAGUGUCCUCAUACUAUGUGAUGUUGUUUCUACAUAAAUCUGACUGUACCUUUAGAUAAGAGACAAAUCUUAUGACUUCAAAUAUUGUAGCACAUUCAAAAUUACUUAAAUAUUUGUUUUGGGCCAAAAGAAAACAUUUUAAGAGAAACAUAUAGGCAUAGUUAUAUAGGCAAGAGUUUAAGUUCUGUAAAUAGUUACAGAAAAUAUAGGUAUUAUCCUACGACUUUAUUUUCUUACCUACAUACAUAGCACUAUAUAUUUUAUUUUACAUUCCACAGCUAUUUUGUUUUACAAAAGCGAAAAAGAUUAUAUAAAAAAGAUUAAGAUUAAGCAAUAUUUCCAUAAGACUGUAUUACUUAUUAGUAGUACAAUGAAUAAUAUGCCACAGGAUAUGGAGCUACAGUUUAAAUGUGAAUUGAAAGACACAUAACAUAGACAAAUGAGUGACUUUUGUUUAUAUUUUUGUGACAUCCCAUUGUGUAUUUUCUUUCAAAUGUACUUCACUCAUUUUAAAAGACUAUUUCUAACUUAUAUGGGCUGCCGGUCUGUUGAUUUGAACUAAUUUAUUUAGACUAACUAUGGUUGAAAUCAUCAUCUUUACAACAUAUUUGCCUUUAUAUUGAAUUGUUAUUAUAUACAUGCCCACAUUUGAAUUGGUGAACUUGGUGAAAUGUAACUUAAAAAGAUGCAAACCGUUUUGUCUCUGCAGAGGUAAAAAAGGUUAAUAAAUGAUGUCAAGCACUUUUUGUGCCAGUGUUACUGUAGCCUCAUAGACACUCAAAAGCAUUAGUAUUUUAACAGUGAGCUUAAGUUUAAGUCUUAUUGUGAUCCAACAGCAGCUGAAUAUGGCUUUAGAAUAAGAGAAUAAGAGUAUAAGCCAAACUACUUUAAGCUUAUCUCUGUUUUUUUAUUAGUCUUAAUAAUACGCCAUUAGCAAAAAGACUAACUUUAGCUUGCCCUUGUACUAGCGCUUUUGAUUAAACUGGGUCAAAGCCGUAGAGUAAAUGUCGGCUCGCAUGGCUCUUCUUGUUUAAUGUUGUUGAGAAUGUGCUUUGUACACCAGCUUUGUCUAACAAGACGCUCCCAUUAAUUUGUCUGAGCAUUUAUUUGCCUGCAUAUUUGUUCCUGGUAAUAAACAAAACAUUUCUCCUUAGACGCAGUGGAAACAUGCAUGGGAUAUUCACUUAGAUUUCGAAUCCACCGGGUUGGGGGGGGUGAACUUUUUGCUAUUAUUUUCCUUUGAUGAGAACAUGUAUAUUGUACAAAAUAUAUAUAUAUAUGAAAUAUAAAUUAUACAUGGUGUGAGAAGCAGGGAUGUGGUGGAGUAUAACAACAAAAAGGAAUGUUACACUCGUGCUACAGUUUCUGUGGUUCCAUGACAUGCUUUUGUGGACAGCUAAUAAACGACCAGAGUUUAAACCAUA